AGUUGUCGCGCCACCGGCGCGUUUAUUUGGACUGUGUCGCGAAAAUGUACUGAUGCUGUAUUGCAGAGAUGAUCAAGGAAGCCAUUAUCAAUGUCAGUAUAUCACGUCGUUCACGCGUGCAGACGAGGCUGGCGGGUUCGCGACAAUGCGCGACACCACGUCCAGAUUCCGGUGCCAAUCUUUCUAUUCUCCUGGAGCUAUUACUGACGCGUUCUUCUCGAGCAAUAGCUUAAGGAUCGCCAAGGAAGCAGGUUAGUCGCGUUGCAUUACUUGCUUGUCGCAUCGUAUGUUCAUUGCUGACCCGUCCGCCUACAGUCGUCAGGCUCUCAAGAAAUACGUCCAGGCAAACAACAACCUCUCCAGUGUGACCGAGGCCGCCUUCACCACUCAGUUCAACCGUGCUCUUGCCAAGGGUAGUGAGUCUGGCGUUUUCGAGCGCCCCAAGGGUAAGCAUCUCGUCGUUUUUGAUCCUUCCUGGGACCAGAGACAAGAUCGUAGCUGGCUUAACAUGGUUCUCACUGGUAACAGGUGCCUCCGGACCCGUGAAGAUUGCCAAAGCAAAGGCUGGAUCCCCUCCUGCCGCUAAGAAGACUGAGGCCAAGGCCACGAAGGCCGCACCGAAGACUGCUGCUAAGGCCAAGACCGUGAGUCGAAGGUGUUCGUCCCGCGAAAGCGCUUUUACUGAUGUAGACCAGACUGCUGCAAAGGAGGCUCCUGCUAAGAAGGCUGCUGCACCCAAGAAGGCCGCUACCAAGGCCGCACCCAAGGCGCCCGCCACCAAGAAGGCCGCCGCACCCGCCAAAGCAACCAAGACCAAGGCUAACGUCUCCAAGGUCAGAAAGAGUGUAUGUAUUCCUUAUCAAGGUCGUAUGGCGUGUACUGACGUGGUCCCAGGCUCCUGCUGUCGAAGAGAAGGCCCCUGUCGUGCUCGGAAAGACCAAGUCUGGCCGUGUCACCAAGAGCACCGCAC